AUAAAUAAUAAUAAUAAUAGUAUUAAUAAUGUAAAUGAUAUUUCGCCGGCUGAUUUGGCUGUAAAUGUACAAAACUUAAAUUUUGAAUACCGUCGCAAUCAUAAAGUGCUACGUAAUGUUAACCUUAAGGUGCCCAGGGGAAAUAUAUUUGCUUUAUUGGGUCCAAACGGGACCGGAAAGACUACAUUAAUCCGUACUAUAUUGGGACGACUCCGGUACAAAAGUGGCUCAAUCAGAGUGUUUGGCGUAAAAUCCGGCUCCGACUACUCAGACAUACCGGGGCCGGGGGUCGGGUAUAUGCCUCAAGAGUUGGCUUUGUUCGAGGAAUUCACGAUUGAAGAGUGUCUCACAUAUUAC